AUGGCAAACGCUGACUGGGAAUAUGCCGGCGUGCACUUGUCUAUUGAUAGCUACGUAAUUCCUGUGGAGAAAUUAUCCCCUACUCCCUCAAGUGUCGAUGGUUUGGAUCCUAAAACGGAAUUUGAUCUUCGUUAUUUGGGUUGUGAGCUUAUUCAAGACGCUGGUAUUUUAUUGAAACUUCCUCAAGUGGCAAUGGCAACCGCUCAAGUGCUCUAUCAGCGAUAUUUCUAUUCUAAAUCAUUUGUCAGAUACGUUUAUGAGCAUUAUGCUAUGGCCUGUAUUUUUCUGGCCGCGAAGAUCGAAGAACACCCAAGACGCAUUCGCGAGGUGAUAAACGUAUUUGCUCACAUGAAACAAGCACGCGAGGGAAGGGAGUUCACUCCUGUUAUGUUUGACCAGAAUUACGUUAAUUUAAAGAGGCAUAUUAUCAAGGCUGAGCGUCGCUUAUUGAAAGAAUUAGGAUUUUGUGUGCACGGCAAACAUCCUCAUAAGCUUGUCAUACUAUAUCUUAGAACGCUGUCGGCAGAAGGAAAUCAGGAGUUAGUCCAGACUUCUUGGAACUGUAUGAAUGAUGUUCUUCGCACAGAUGUCUUUGUCCGCCACACUCCUGAAGCAUUAGCCUGCGCCUGUAUUUUCCUCGCUGCUCGUCGUCUGGGCAUCCCUUUACCUCGCUGUCCUCCAUGGUGGGAAAUGUUUAAUGUUGAUGAUGAAUCUAUUCAUGAGAUCGCCUUGUGUCUACAGCGUUUAUAUGUUAGGGCAAAGCCAGACAUAGCAGCUAUAGAGAGUCGUUUAGCUGAAGUGCGGAAAAAGCAGGCUGAAGAGAGGGAGGCCAUUGCAGCUGCUAAUGCCGCAAAAGCGGCUGCUCAGGCCCCCUCAGCAGCUGCUAACGAAACUAGCCAAAAUAAUGAUGAUUUAAGUGCACAAAAUUCUUUUAAUAAUUCAGAAAAUCCUCUUCCUCCUGUUUCUAAUGGUGUUAAGAACGUUUCGGCUUCUGAGAUAGCUCCCACAGUCAAUCAGUUAUCGCAGGAACCUCUCAAACCCGUCAAUGGAACCGAGAUAAACUCGAAGGAGAUUGAAAGUGUGAAUUCUCGAUCUGAGAAACGAAAACCAGCGGCUUAUCGUGAGGUCGAUCUCAAACCAAAAAAGGGUUCCAAGGGUUAUUCCCAUUCCGGAAGUCCUACAUCGCGAUCUAAUAAGUCGAAAAACGGUCGACAUAAGCGCUCUUCAUCUAGUUCUUCUUCUGUUAGUAGUGGAGAAGGCACACGUAAACAUGACAUUUACAAGUCUCGACGACGUGAAAGAGAUCACCACAGAAAGAGAUCUAGAAGUCCAUAUGUCAGUAGUAGUAAGUAUCGACGCCGACAUAGGUCGCGUUCUGCCUCAAGCUACUCUUCGUGUGUAUCGGAUAGAUCUCCCUCACAUUCGACUGCGAAACAUUCCCGGAGUCGUGCUUCUCCCUCACAUCGUUCCAACCGUAAUGACGUAGACAAGAAAGACAAAACAAAGUCUUCUCGAUAUGCAAUAGGUGGACGUGUUACAGAUUCAAUCAGCUCAAGAAAUCGAGGUCGAUAUUGA